AUGGAAGAAUUAAAGGCUGCACUGGCAGGUGAAACUGACGAUAGAAAAAGAGCAAAACUAGAGAAGAAAAUGAGCAAGCUAGCAAAGUUUAUGAGCAAGCUGGAGGUUCAGAAGAAUGCCCCAAAGAAGGAAAAUCAAAAAGAGAAAAAGAAGAUCGAGUUUGAGGAAGGAGAGUUUGUUCCCGAAGGAGAGAAAAAAGAAGUAGAUAAGCUUAAUGGGCAAUUCAAUCCAAAGUCUGUGGAAAAUGGAUGGUUCUCCUGGUGGAACAAAAAAGGAUUCUUCACGCCAGAGUACAAAACAAAGGCUUCAAAUGGAAAGAUGUUUAGCAUAGUGCUGCCUCCCCCAAAUGUAACUGGGUCUUUGCACAUAGGACAUGCCAUGAUGGCCUCCAUUGAGGACACUAUUGUAAGAUGGAAGAGAAUGCAGGGAUACAAGACCCUUUACCUGCCUGGAACAGAUCAUGCUGGAAUAGCAACGCAAGUGGUUGUAGAGAAGUCUUUGGAGAAGAAGGGUAUUUAUAGAAAGGAUAUGACUAGAGAGGAAUUUCUGGAGAAAGUAUGGGCAUGGAAGGAGCAGUAUGGAAACCAGAUAUCCAACCAGUUUAAGUCACUUGGGACAAGUCUGGACUUUACUAGAGAGAAGUUCACAAUGGACGCAGAUGUAUCACAUGCUGUAACAGAGGCAUUUGUUAGAUUCUAUGAGGAUGGCCUGAUAUACAGAGGUAAUAGACUUGUCAACUGGUGUGCAAAGAUACAGACAAGUCUAAGUGAUCUGGAGGUAGACUAUCAGAUGGUUGAGCCAUACGGAAAGAUAACCACAGAUGGGAAAGAGUAUGUUCUUGGGCGCAUAUUCACUAUCGCAUACGAUGUUGAGGUAGAUGGAAAGAUUGAAAAGAUCCAUGUGCAAACUACAAGACCAGAAACAAUAUUUGGAGAUGUCGCCCUCUGUGCCAACCCAAAUGACAGUAGAUUUGCCAGGUUUAAGGAUGCAGUUCCCAUAAACCCUCUUACCCAGGAGAGAAUGAGAUUUGUAUUUGAUGAAGCUGCUGACAUGUCCUUUGGAACAGGUGUCCUGAAGAUCACACCUGCACAUGAUCCUGUGGACUUUGAGGUAGGAGAGAGACACAAGCUUGAAAUGAUCUCUGUUCUUGAUAUCAACAACAGAAUGACCGUUGGUCCAUUUAAAGGCAUGCUUAGAUUUGAUGCCAGAGAGGCAACGGUUAAAGAGCUGCAGGCAAUCAAGGUGCUCGUUAAGGAAGAAGGACACUCCUCGAAUAUUCCAAUAUGCUCCAGAACUGGAGAGGUAAUAGAGCCUAGACUUGCUCCUCAGUGGUGGAUGAACUGCCAAGGCCUUGCUAAAAAGGCACUUGAAGCCUCGCAGUCUGGUGCCCUGCGGAUUGUCCCAGAUGAAAUGACCAAAACCUGGGAAGGCUGGCUUUCAAACAUCAAGGACUGGUGUCUAUCAAGGCAGUUAUGGUGGGGCCACAGAAUACCCGCAUACACUAGAAAUGGCCAGUGGUACAUCACUAGAACCAAGGAAGAAGCAGAGGCUCAGGCAGGUGGCCCUGUUGAACAAGAAGAAGACGUACUUGAUACUUGGUUUUCGUCUGGUCUGUGGCCUUUCUCUACGCUUGGGUGGCCCAAAGAAACUGAAGACAUGAAGACAUUCUACCCUACAUCUCUUCUUGAGACAGGAAAGGACAUUAUUUUCUUCUGGGUUGCAAGAAUGGUGAUGAUGGGAAUUUCUCUAACUGGAAAAUGCCCUUUUAGCACAGUUUUAUUCCACAGCAUAGUAAGAGAUGCAAAGGGAGAGAAGAUGAGUAAGAGCAAAGGAAAUGUGAUUGACCCAGUGGACGUAAUAUCAGGUAUUACUUUGGAAAGCCUUUUGGCAAAACUCAAGUCAGGAAAUCUAUCACAAAACGAGGCAGACAAGGCAACUGUGAGUAUCACACAGGAGUAUCCUGCAGGUAUUGAGGCAUGUGGCAGUGAUGCCUUGCGGUAUGCACUUCUGUCAAGUGCAUCACUUGGGCGAGAUGUCAACCUGAGCAUCGACAAAGUCACUAGCUGCAGAAGGUUCUGUAAUAAGAUCUGGAAUGGAAUGAAGUUUGCACUUGCCCAGAAGGCAGCACCUGAUAGUAAAGAGGUCAGAAAGGGCUCGUUUGAGUACAUCUCUGACAGAUGGAUUGAAAGCAGAUUUAGAAAGGCCGUUAGUAGUGUAAAUGCCUCCCUUGAAUCAUCAAACUUUAUGAAGGCUUCUGUGGACGUACACCAGUUCAUGGUCUAUGAAUUCUGCGAUUUCUACCUGGAAAUGUUUAAGGGCAGAAAGGAUCCUUCUGGUAUUACUACACUGCAGACAGUCUCUCUAGAAUUUAUCAAGCUCAUUCACCCAUUCUUCCCGUUCCUUACAGAAGAAAUAUACCAGGCCAUGCAAAAGGCAUGGAAUAUUGAGGGAUACACAUGGAUGGAGUCCAUCACAGUGGAAGACUACCCAUCCAGCCGGGAGGAGACAGAUGAAGAUAAAGAAGAACUCCAUCAAAUCGAAGCAAUCAUUGAGUUCAUUAAGGACGCACGCUCUAAGAUCUCAACACGAGAUAAAACAGACAAGGUUCUGAUCAAGUUAUCUAAGAUAACAGAAGAACUGAGCACCCACCAAGACACACUUAAGAGACUAAUUGGUAUUCAAAUUGAAUGCACAAGUGAAGGCACUUUCACUGAGUCAGCUGCAGGCAUUGAAUACUCUCUAGUGUAA